AUGGCAAAAUCUCCACGAGCAGCUAGCUUCUCGAAAGAAUGGAAGCAGAAUUUAGAGAUAGUGCGGAGCUAUCUGGUGAAGGCACAAAAGCGGAUGAAGAGACAUGCAGAUAAAAAUCGUCGCUUUGUGGAAUAUCAGGUUGGGGACAAGGUGAUGGUGAAGAUCCCAAAGAGAUACCUAUUUACAGGGGUCCAUGACCCCCGCCUGUCCAUUGAGCGGCGCAUUGGAAAGGUAGCAUACCGGGUGGAUACCCUAGCUUGGUGGAAGAUUCAUCAUGUGUUCCAUGUCAAUCUUUUAAAGCCUUUUCGAGAAGACACAAAACACCCUACACGAAGCCAGCUCAUAAUACCCAGCAUUCGAGGCCCACAAGCAACUGGGAAAAGGGCAGUAGAAGCUAUCCUCAACGAUCGAGUCAUACAUGCCUCAAGAAAAGAUCACCAAGAGUUCCUGGUGAAAUGGCUCAGAUGUGAUGUAGAAGAGAAUACGUGGGAGAGGGGCACCAGCCUCACAGCCUACAAGUACCUGAUCGAUGAAUAUCUUGCAAGCAAGGUGCCGAGGACGUCUCCAACUCAGGUGGGGGAGAAUGUCAUGGGCGGCUCUCCAGCCAUGCCCCUUGACCCCUUAGAUGCGCCCCAUGGCGCCAUGGAAAGCCUCUCAAUGCCUAGCGCCAUGGACGGCCCCGUGGUCUCGGACGCCCCAAGUGACAAGGUUGCUUCUGCCUAUGUCACCCCAUCAAUGUCCCUCGCUCGCACCCCUAUGCUGGCCGUGCCCCAACGCGUGCCCAACGCCCAGUCACAGUGCAGCCGUUCUACAGUGCCAGCGCCCAGUGCCAGUGUGCGCGCGCACGACAGUGCCACGACCGAGGGUGCACAUAGACCUGCUCUAGUUAGGUCUCUUUUGUUGUAA